AUGUUUGCAGCGAGAUGGAAAGCGACAAUGCUCGUGUUGAACAGGAAUGAGUCCUUCCAGCCCGAUUUCUUUUCCAACAUUCAUACAUACAACCUCUCUAUGAGACAAGCCCACGACUCCAACCUCCGAACCGACCAGAGACGGGUUCCCUUGAGACUAAGGUCCUCUUCCGCACUUCAAUUCCAAGCCAAAAGUCCCGGCGAUGGCAAAUUAGCAAGCCCAAUUAUCGAUCGAGUGCAAUUAAACUACUUGCCGACUACUGAGUGGAUCCAACUAGCAAAUGAGGUCUCCCAGCCCGGUUGUCUGGGCCAGUAA